AUGUCGGACGUCAACAUGGGACGACAUGUCAACCAGUUCACCUGGAAGGAUAAUGCCCUUGUCCUCUUCCUGUCAACUGUCUUCCAGGACGGUCAGGAAGUUAUUCGCAGCCGCCGCCGUCCAGCUGGGGAUUCCGCUGCUAAGAAGGCUGCCCGACAAGUGUUUGGCUCAGACGUCCGCAAGAACCUUCCAGUGCCUAGGGCAAUCGAUGAGUACAACCAUAAGAUGAAUGGGGUUGAUAUCUGUGAAUGUCUCCAUAACCUCCAGACAUGCGCCAACAUUGGUCUCAAAUGGAACCUCAAGAAUGGAGGCACCAACCAUAUAGUCAAGGAUACAAUCGACAUCCUCACCUCAGGUAGAGCCAUGGUUGUUGGCUACGAUGUCACUCGUCCUACGAACAUGUCCAACGAAAAAAGCGCAGCGCCCAGCCUGGUCGGAAUGGUUGCCAGUGUUGACAAAGACCUCGGACAAUGGCCGGCUGUUGCGUGGGAACAGCCUUCCCGUAAGGAGAUGCUUGGAGAUGAGCUCACAGAGAAUUUCAAGUCUCGCCUCUUGUUAUGGCGUCAGCGUAACCAAGACAGACUCCCUGAGUUCCUCAUCAUCUAUCGAAACGGCGUCUCGGAAGGCCAAUUUACCCAGGUCCUCACAACUGAGCUGCCUAUGAUCCGCAAGGCGUGUGACCAGCUCUAUCCGCCUAAGCAGCACCCGAGGCUCUCCAUCAUCGUAUCCAUCAAACGUCAUCAGACGCGCUUCUACCCUACGUCUGAAGUGAACAUGGAUCAGAAAUCGCGCAACAUCAAAAAGGGCACCGUCAUCGACCGCGGUGGGACCGCCCGCCCUGCUCACUAUACUGUGCUUUUGGAUGAGAUCUUUAGGGAGAAGUACGGCGUGGGUGACUCGGCUGCGGACCACUUAGAGAAGCUCACGCAUAACCUCUGCUACCUCUUCGGCCGUGCCGCCAAGGCGUUCAGUAUUUGCCCGCCGGCCUACUUCGCGGAUAUUGUGUGUGAACGGGCUCGCGUUCACCGUCCGGCUCUUUUCGACAUCUCGGAUGCGGCAUCGACGACCACAAGUGCAUAUCAGCCCGUUGCACCCUCAAACAACGUGCAGGUGCAUCCGAACCUGUGA